UCCCUUUGGAUUCUCCCCGGAUCUGUUGGAGGGAUCGCUCCCGGAGCCAUGGGAGCGGCGGCGGACACGGAGUGGCUGCGCUGGGUGAGCAAAAGAUUUGGGAAUGUCGCUGGGAAGGAGAAGGAAAUCAGCCUGGAAGAGUUCAAAUCCGCCCUGCAGGUCAAGGAGUCCUUCUUUGCCGAGAGGUUUUUUGCGCUCUUCGAUUCCGACGGGAGCGGCUCCCUGAGCCGGGAGGAGCUGCUGGGAUCCCUGCGCCGGCUGCUCCGCGGGAAUUCCACGGAAAAGCUCCGCUUCCUCUUCCAGGUGUACGACGUGGACGGGAGCGGCUCCAUCGACGCCGAGGAGCUGCGGGUGGUGCUCCGGGAGUGUCUCCGGGAGAGCUCCCUGGCCCUUCCCGAGGAGCGGCUCGGGGCCCUGAGCCAGGCCCUGCUCCAGGCCCUCGACCGGGAUCACAGCGGCUCCAUCACCUUCCCGGAGCUCCGGGAGCAGCUGGAAGCGUUUCCGGAACUCCUGGAGAACCUGAGCGUCAGUGCCGCCAGCUGGCUGAAGCCCCCCGGUCCCAGUCCUGCUGAGCCCUGGCUGUGCUGCUUUUCCUGGGAAUCCCGCGGGGACCAGCGGGCCGGGAUCUGCUGCUUUUCCCGGGAAUCCCGCGGGGACCAGCGGGCCAGGAUCUGCUGCUUUUCCCGGGAAUCCCGCGGGGACCAGCGGGCCGGGAUCUGCUGCUUUUCCCGGGAAUCCCGCGGGGAUCAGCGGGCCCGGCUGUGCUGCCUGGGGGGCUGGGUCGCCACCACGGCGCUCCUGCUCGCCCUGGGGGCUCUGUGGCACCGGGAGCGCGGCCCCGCCCUGGCGCUGGCCCGGGGCUGCGGGCAGAGCCUCAACCUCAACUGCGCCCUGCUGGCCGCGCUGAUGCUGCGGCGCUCUCUGACCUGGCUGCGCUCCACGCCGCUGGCGGAGCUGUUCCCGCUGGAGCUGCACGUACGGGGCCACGAGCGCGUGGGACACCUGGUGCUGGCCCUGGGGACAGCGCACGCGGGGGCACACCUGGCACAGGCGGGCCUGGCACGGCGGGACUGGCUCGUGGCCCUGGGCGAGUACGUGCGGCGUUGGCGGCCGGGCGCGGGCGGCGUUGGUGGCACUGCCCCGCAGACCGGGCUGGCGCUGCUGGCGCUGCUCCUGGCCAUGCUCGCCUGCUCCAGCCCCUGCGUGCGGCGAGGCGGCCACUUCGAGGUUUUUUACUGGAGCCACCUCUCCUACAUCCCCGUGUGGCUCCUGCUGCUCCUGCACGGUCCCCACUUCUGGAAGUGGUUCCUGAUUCCCGGCUCCCUGUUCGUGCUGGAGAAGGUUCUGGGCUGGGCGUGGCGCCGGGCGGGGGAUCUGCGCAUCCUGGAGGCCAAGCUGCUGCCCUCCAAGGUGACCCACCUGGUGAUCCAGAGGCCGAAAUCCUUCCGCUUCCAGCCGGGGGAUUACAUCUACCUGAACAUCCCGGCCAUCGCCGCCUACGAGUGGCACCCCUUCUCCAUCAGCAGCGCUCCGGAGCAGCCAGAAACCCUCUGGCUGCACAUCCGGGCGCGGGGCCAGUGGACCACCAAGCUCUACGAGUACUUCCAGCAGCUGGAAUCGCACGGCCCGGAGCCGAAUCCGCCCGGGAAGAGCCGGCACUGGGAACAGGGAGGGUCCGUGGCCUCCGGCAGGGAUGGAGCCGUGGAGCUGACGGCAUUCCGAGCCUCCGGAGCUGCUAUCCCGGGAAAGGACCCGGAGCAUGGGGGCGCUGGGCCCGGGGAGACCCAGCGGAGCUGCAGCGUCAAGUGCUUCCUGGACGGUCCCUAUGGAACUCCGAGCCGGCGGAUCUUCACCUCGGAGCACGCCGUUCUCAUCGGAGCCGGCAUCGGGAUCACCCCCUUCGCCUCCAUCCUGCAGAGCAUCAUGUUCCGGUACCGGCGGCGGAAGCAGAGCUGCCCCAGCUGCCAUUUCUCCUGGAGCGAGGAACGGCGGGAUGAGGAGAUGACGCUCCGGAAGGUGGAUUUCAUCUGGAUCACGCAGGCCCAGCAGCACCUGCAGUGGUUCCUGGGCCUCCUGGCCCAGCUGGAGACGGAGCAGGCGGAGCUGGAGCCGGGAGGGAAGUUCCUGGAGCUGCACCUGUACAUGACCUCGGCGCUGGGCAAGGGGGACGUGAAGGCGCUGGGGCUGCAGCUGGCCCUGGACCUGCUGGCGGCCCGGGAGCAGCGGGAUUCCAUCUCCGGGCUCCGCAGCCGCACCCAGCCCGGCCGCCCCGACUGGGACAAGGUGUUCGGGAAGGUGGCGGCGGAGCGGCGCGGGAAGGUGGCCGUGUUCUUCUGCGGCUCCGCGGCGCUGGCCAGGGUCAUCCGCGGGCACUGCCGCCGCUUCGGCUUCCGCUUCUCCAAGGAAAACUUCUGACCGGGGCCGGUCCCGGGGCGGCCCGGCUCGGAGCCGCUGCGCCACGGAGCUCCGGGAAUGUUCCCUUCGGAUCUGGGGAAUGAA